AUGACUUUAAGUGUUAACUUCCUUACAUCUGAAGACAAGUAUGAUGCUAUCAAAGACCGAAAUCCUAAAGCUGAGGGAGUUUUCGUGUAUGCUGUUAAGACCACGGGAGUAGUGUGCAGACCAACAUGUUCGGCCAGGUUAGCGUUGUUCAAAAACAUUCUUUUCUUUGCGACAUUACAGGAGGCUAUAGAGUUAGGGUUUCGUCCGUGUCGAAAAUGCAAACCAGAAAUUCAGAUGGGUUGGAAUAGACAUCGAAAACUGGUGAUAGCUCUGAUCGCUCUUUUCCACGAAAUGCAAGCGACGGGCAGAUCUGCUGGGGACUUAAAAUUAGCAGAAAUUGCUAAAAGCGUUCAUAUCUCGAAGUGGCAACUAAUCAAGGUGUUCAAACGGUACACAGGCACAACACCAAUGAAAUAUUUCCAAGGGAUUCUUGACGGGAAAAAACCUCUUCGCGAGAACGAUAUUCCUAACGUUGUCACGAAAAAACGGGAAUUAGGUCCUAAAACGGAAGAGAAGUCGACUGAUGGCGGUGAAUCUUCUGUUCAUCUCUCUGUCUACUUUGAGGGAAUUCUCGACGAUGACUGGGUUACCGAGUUUUAUGGACGUUGA